AUGCGCACCGCUUGCCGCAUCUGUGACGCUGUCUUCCCCGGAAGCGGUGCUGGGGGCGAUCAUAACGCGCAUCGCAUCAUCACCCAGGUCGUCGUCACUGGCUCCCGCGUCUUCGGCCGCGCCUUCGCCGAGGCUUGGAGACAGGCCGCCGCAUCCCAGAAGUAUGCUCAGGCCAGCGGGAACAACGGAAACGCAAAAACGUUCGCCUCCGCCGGCCUGACCCUCGACGAAGCCUGCAAGAUUCUCAAUGUCCCGCCGCCCAAGGGUGGAAAGACCGACAUGGAGAAUGUUCUGGACCGAUUCAAGAAGCUGUUCGACCUGAACGACCCCAAGCGGGGCGGCAGCUUCUACCUCCAAAGCAAGAUCCUGCGCGCUCGCGAACGGAUAGAAAUGGAAGCGCGGACGGCUGAGCAGGCCGCGGAGCGAGAGGCGGAGCUGAAAGAAGGUUGGAAUCCCAAGCUCUACAAGGACAAAUAG